AUGGAAAAUCAUUGGCCUCUUAAAGAUUCAGGUAUUUAUGUCCCCCCCUCAAAGUGUGUUAAUAUAAAUUCUGUCAAAUGGAAGGCCCCUCCAAAGGAUUGGACAAAACUCAAUUUCGAUGGUGCUAGUAAGGGGAACCCUGGGGAGUCCGGUAUUGGUGCCAUAAUCGAAAAUGAACAUGGUAAUAUUAUAUAUGGAUUGUAUGGAGGCAUUGGAUUUGCCACGAAUAACGAAGCCGAGAUUCGUGCACUAGAGGUAGGAUUAUGCCUCUAUACUCUGCAUGGGAUCUCUCGAAUCAUUAUCGAAGGAGAUUUGCAGAUCAUCAUAAAUGGGGUUACUAAGUCAAAUUUUCAUAGCUGGAAACUAAACAAGUGGCUGCCUCAGAUAAAUGAUCACCUUAAAUCAAUUGAUUGCUUCGAAAUUGUGCAUGUUUAUAGAGAAGGCAAUCAAAUGGUGGACUAUCUAGCAAAUCUUGGGGUUGGAAGGAAUGAUGAUCCUGUCUCUUUCAGUCAUGUCUUAGCAAUGGAUGAUAUUACAAGAAAAUGCUUGAAGGACUACCGUGAAUCCCCAUGCCAAGGUGUUGGGUAA